AGAACAAGCUUUUAGUGUUGUCAAAGUCAAAAGUGAAGAUGACUCAAUUUCAAAACAAGUUGGGGAGUGCGAGCAAGCUACUACCUCCAAGGCUAUGCCAUCACAAACUAGGGAUGUGGCAAAUGAAGUUAAUGUUGAAACUAGAAACGACAAUGAGAGUGAAGCAAACAAUGUGGAUCCUAUUGACCUGACGAAGGACACUGCUGACCCCAAUGAGUCAGAACUUUCAAGAGGCAAAAGGCCAGCUAAAGAUGAUGAAGCACUCAAGGUUUUGGCAAAAAACCGCAAGGCAGUUCGUGUGAAGCUUGAGAAGGUUUAGCAUAGUUACUAAGAUUUCCUGAGGUCAAUCUGAUGGUGUCAUGUGCCACAGAUUACCUCAGAAGUUUGUGUCUAGAUUUCAUUACGACCCUUCAAGUUGUUUUGUGUUUAAUUUCCCUAAGCAUGUGUUUACAAACACAGCAUGUGUAGUUUUUAAUGUUUAAUUCCCUAAAUUCCAUCUAUUGUAAAUAUUGGUUGGACAACUAAGAUUGGUAUUUCAGUUCCCUAAAUUUAUGUUUCCCUUAAAGUUAUUGUUUGUG